CUUGUCCUUUCGUCAUCUUCGCAGCGAAAUUUUCGCUCUCUUCUGUCUCUUGACAACCCAAUACACACACACACAACGAACAAGCACCACAAGGACGAACACAACGAACACCACAACACAACACCUCUGCUCUGUGUUGAGGCGCGCAGCACCUGCACACACACACACACACACACACACACACACACACACAUACACACACAUACGUACAUACACGCACACCCUCUCACCGGAAGAUGUCGUUCUUCCAGCUGUCGCGGGAUGGCUUUGUUGGCGUGGACCGCUCGUCCCUGCCCGGUGGAGACGGGAGCAGCCGCCCCAACAGCAGGGUUGACGCGGACAAUAACACAUUCACGUUCUCCAACGUCAACGACGGCGGCGACAAUAACGGCGGUGAUGCGAACAGCAAAGGCGAUGAUGGCAGGAAGAGCGACAGCGCGGGUAACGGGCGCGCUGGUAGCGGUCACAGCCAACGCCACGCGCGGAGUCGUGGACAGCCAGGAUCCACCAUGAGCUCUAGGCCGCAAACUGGCGCGAACAAGCACAGCUUACAAGUCACGAUAGAGAGCAAGAAGUUUGGCCACCACGUCAAGCAACGCGCCAAUCGCCGCUUUGAUGAUGCCCUUGACGAGGAGCACGAGGUGACGCAGCAAAAGCUGGACAUGCUGCGAACAACAUGGCGGGCCAAGCAGGACACGUACAAAGUGCACGCAUAUGGAACACCCGAACAGAAGAAGCAAUACCAGGAGAACCUUCGACAAGAGAUUCUGACACAGCUGCAGGAGAAGGAGCAGAAGGAGCGAAAAGAGAAGCGGGAACGUUCAAAGGAGGCGCAGGUGGCGAUUGCGCAGGACCACGCUGUUGUGCAGAGCGAACACGACCAGCACCGCGAGCGCGCCCUCAAGAUGAAGCAGUACUCACGCUUCAACCAGCAGCUGAUGGACACGCGGAAGAGGGAAGCAAUGUCGGCGCGGCAGCAGCAGCACCAGCACGAACGCACCCUCCUCGACCAGGAAUCGUUCAACUGGAGCAAGACCCUCACUUGAUGAUAUGACGCACGGAUGCAUGGAUGAUGAUGGUGGUGGUGGUGGUGGUGAUGUCGUGAUGGCCGUGACAACAAUGGUAUGAUGACGGAUGCGUGGGUGCAUGGAUGGAUAAUGGUGGUGGUGGUGAUGAUAUUGAAGCCCGCCACCACCGCGUCUGUACACAUGUACACGAGGAAUCAACGUGUCGUGACGUGUCCUACGCCUUCGACCAUGCCCUGUCUGAUGUGAAUCGUACUCUUCCCUCCCAUUCCCCUUCCUCUUCCGUAUCCUGUGUUGUCUUGCCUCCUCAAAACACACACGUCAACACAGAAAUGCUGUCUCGGUGUGCCUGCUGGCUUGCUUGCCUCGGUGUGUGUCGCAUAGUUAUGUAUUAUGAGCGUGUUCACAUGCCACACGACAAGCACACUAUUCGUGCGUCUGCCUCCCUUCCCCCUUCCUCUGUCUUCUUUCCUGUCCUGCUUUCGCAUUAGUAAUCGCUCCAAUCCUUGAUCCCCCC